AUGUCGCCCAAUGGAAUCAGCAAAGUGGUUGAACCGAAGGACGGCAGGCUCUCAUUGCCUCACGAGUAUAUGCCCGGUCUGCCUGCCAAGCAUUUGAACACCCCAGUUGAAGUGACUCCUUCACCCAAGGAGAAGGCUGCCGGGCGGUUCAAUGAUGCUAAUAUCAAACUAUUCCUUUCUGGAGUGCACCGAGACGGCGUCGUGGUACUCAAAAAUGUGAUUGAUCCAGACCACCUCGAUGUCAUCAACGACUUCAUGGUCGAGGACACCAAGAAGGAACUCAGCAAGGAGAAAUCUCUACAAGAACUUCGGAGCCGAGAACAUCCAGCAAGGCCCUCCGCUGACUCCCUCGAAAUACUUCUUUGA